AUGCCGUCAUUUGAGGCAAACGUCGGUCGUGUUACUAGCUCUGCGGAGGAGCUAAUGUCAUACCUAUUCUACCAGACCCAUCUUGAAAAUCACUUAGCUGGUUUUGAGUACAGACAGCGGAUGUUGGAGCAUUGGAAGAUACCUUCUGGAUCUAGUGUACUUGAAAUCGGGUGUGGUCAGGGAGAAUUCACCGUCUGCCUUGCUGACGCGGUUGGGCGAGUAGUUGCUGUUGACCCAGCGCCUGCUGGUUGGGGAACGCCUUGCGUGAUCGAAUCUCAGAAAUACCUUGCAGCUUCCCCCAUUGGCAGUCGCAUCACAUUCAUCAACGAUACUGCUCCAAACUAUGUAUUAUCCCUCAGACAAGGCACGCCACGGUUCGACUAUGUCCUAUUGUGUCAUUGUGUGUGGUUCCUUGAGAAGCCACACUUGCUUCAAGAGCUAAUGGAGACGCUACAACCAUGGACACGAUCGGUUCUCAUUGCUGAAUUUAGCUUCUCAACGUCGAUGCCUGCGGCGUUUCCGCAUGUACUCGCAGCGCAAUAUAACAACACUGUAGAAGCAUUAUUGAGUGAUCGUGAAGAAUGGAAUAUACGUUCGCCACUGACGCCAAGUCAAAUGACACAGGCCGGCGAGAGGGCAGGGUUCAGACUGGCCUCUCACAAGACCAUCACGCCAGGCGAAAAGAACCGAGAAGGCUCACGGGAGGUCCGAAUGUUGCUGAAGGCCAAAGAAUUCGAGAAUGAGCGACAGCUUGUAGAGCAGCGUCAUGGUCCGCGCAUCGCACUCAUGUUGAAUGGUCUAAAGGAUGCUGUUGCCGCGAGCGUCCAACGGCUCGGUGGUGGCGGCAUUGAAGCUGUCAGAGACAUGGAUGUCUGGCUCGCAAAGUUCGACGUAACAAGUAACGCUCUUUGA